AUGACUACAGAAGGCAAGGAGAGGAAGCGGAAAGCUGUCACGCCUGUUGCCGUAGAUGCUUCACAGGCAAAUAAGACCAAAAAGGCCAAAGCUGCAUCUAAAAAGCCUACUACGGGCGACAUAGCCGCAACGCCAAUCUCAAAUGCUCAGCCCGCAGCUCCACAGCCCACUGAUUCUGCCGAAACCCAGGCCAACCCCAAAGUCAAACCGAGAAAGCGAGCAGUUGAUUUCCUUAGUGACGAUGAAGAGAAGAGCGGUGGAGUUUCUGUAGGUAAGACAGAACAUGUUGGCACUAUUAGCUCAAAGAGGCCGAGGAAGAAAAAGUCGAAGGAGGAUAAGGCAGGAGCGAACGGUGAGGCGAGCGGCUCAGCUAUGCACAAUGAUUCGGCUGCAAAGAGAACGGCCACUGCUACGGAGGCUUCUGGGGAUGCGCCAGCUGGUUCGAAACUGAAGGAAGCCAAGCCAAACCCAAAAACGAAGGAAACAUCCACCACAGAUGGCGGCAUUGUCAGCUCGUCCGUGCCAAAGAAAGGCCCAUCAACGAUUAACGUGCAUGCCGAGAAGAUCAAGAAGCUACUCGGCCAGAAGGAUCAUGUGCCGAAGCAGAGCAAUAAAGCUAAAGAGGCGGCAAAUGUGUUAGCGAUGGAUUCUACCACUGAUGGUGUGAACGGGGUAUCUAGCAACACAAUCAAUGAGUCUCUGGAGACUGUCGCAAAAGACGCAGCGUCGACUUCAAAGCAAGCCGAGGCGCAGAGGACCACCGAGACAGAGCUUCAGGAGGAGUACGAAAGUGAUGAAGAUAUCGAUCAAGCAGGUGCCUUGCUGGAAGGGUUUGAUAGCGAUAACGAGGAUCUGGCUCAAGACGAGGGUUUCGAUAAGGAUAAGCCCACUGCUGCCAUACCGAACUACAAAAAGACUCAAAAGAAGCUUAGACAGGCUGCUCAGAAUGGCAACAAGGAUGGCCCAGGAGCGGUCUACGUUGGCAGAAUACCCCACGGUUUUUACGAAAACGAGAUGCGCCAGUACUUUUCGCAAUUCGGCAAUAUUAGCAAAUUACGACUAUCCCGAAAUCGAAAGACCGGGCACUCUAAGCAUUUCGCUUUUAUUGAAUUUGAAAGCAAUGAGGUGGCCAAAAUCGUCGCCGAGACCAUGGACAACUAUCUCAUGUUUGGUCAUAUUCUGAAAUGUAAAUAUGUGCAGCCCGAGUCUUUACAUCCAGAUACGUUCAAGGGAGCCAACAAGCGCUUUCGAGUUGCGCCUCAUAAUAGAAUGGAGAAGAGAGCCUUAGAAGCACCGAAGUCUGAAAGCCAGUGGGCGAAGAAGAACUCCAAGGAGCAGUCAAGGAGAAAGAGAAAGGCUGAAAAGCUCAAGGCAAUGGGAUAUGAGAUAGAGCUGCCUAGGCUGAAGAGUCCGUCCGAAGUGCUACAGCAGAAGGAAUCGCAAAAUGCUGUGGAGGAACAAGGUCCCGAUGCACCCAAAGGAGAAAAUAAAGAAGUUCCCUCCCCAAGUGUUGUCCCUGAAAACGAGGUUGCACUUAGCAAGAAAAAGUCGAAGGAGAGGAAAAUGCCUGAUCCCUCAAGAUCGGAAGGCAACGACGUAUCAGCCCACGCUGGAGUUCCGCAAGAUGAGAUCGUUCCUUGCAAGAAGCAGUCCAAGAAAGAGAAGAACGUGCCUGACCCGUCAAAAGCUGAUGGCGAAAACCCUCCAGCUCCGACUGCUGUUGCCAAAGAAGAGGUCGUAUCUGGCAAGAAAAAGUCGAAAAAGUCGAAAAAGGAUAACACAGCUACCACUGAGAUAAGCGGAGUGACUGUCCCGACAGCGGAUCUGAAUGCACUCACUCCCGACCCUGUCCAGUCCCAGAACAGUGUGAAGCAAAAUUCGGAAAAAGGAGACAAGGGAAAAGAGAAGCGCCACAAGGCAAAAGAGAAUGCCAAGCAACUUCAUCCGCAGCCCGUUACGGACGAGAAUCCUUCAAAGGCCAACGAUCUACCCACGAAGCCUGAAUCAGAUGCUACUAUUGCACCCUCUGGUUCUACAACAGACCAGAGCUCAAACCAGAAGGAGAAGGACAUGAAUGGCAUUGCGCAAGCUACCAUAGACGGGAUGCCAGCUGUCGCGACAACGGGCCCCAAGACUACCUCAGUUGAGAAAGAGACUUCCUCUUCCAUGUUGCCUGCAGAGAGCGCCGAAGGUAUCAAGAAAAAGAGGAGAAGCAGAAAGCGAAAGAAUUCGACUGCGGCUCAUGACCUAGCUGAGUCUGAGCCAAGGGUCAUGGAGCCAGCAGCUGCAGACCCCCAAGAAUUCAAGGUCAAUGGCGAGCCGGGAGCGGAGAGCACUGUGAAAAAGACGAAGAAAGCGAAGAAAACUUGA